UUGUAGCCUAUAUGCCAGGGUCUAUAGCUGCGCUUCAGAUUGACCUGCGGCUGGGUUUGGAGUUUGAAAAAUGUAUGCAGUCUACUGUAGCGCACUUAAAUUAAGUCAUUAAAAAAAUUAUAUACAGACAAUUACCACUUUCUAACCACUUUCUAACGCCCGUGCGUCGGGUGGUUCAUGGAGUGACGUCAUUUUUUGAUAAAUUGAGAAAAAGCAUUAAGGGAAAUUGGUAAUAUUCAUUCAUGUUCAUCUUCCUUCCGUCACUCGUGUUUACGGGUACUUAACGUGGUGUGACACAAAAGCGCCUUCAAACUCACACUGUGCAGCCUGGAAGGUGAGAGAAUCGUUGCAGAAUUUCUUGUGCUGAGCGCCUCAGCACAGACAGAUUCAGUGGACCUGCAACAAAAAGCCAUACAGCAAGUCGCGCCAGUGAUAGCCUACAUUUCAAAUCAACACAUCAUUAUUCAGUGGACGAUGGGAAGCGGUGGCAACACAUCGGACAUUCCGUACUAUUUCUCACAUUUGGCCAUGAUGAACAAUAGUGUUUUUUGUCGGAACUUCAGCGAUAACGUGAGUGUAGAGGCCAAAUGUGAGAGAACAGACAACCUAGCCAAAGACUCGACACCAGUGAUCAUCGCGAUUAUAAUCACGACUCUUUACUCUAUCGUGUGUGUGCUUGGUCUGGUGGGGAACGUACUCGUCAUGUAUGUCAUUAUCAGAUACACUAAAAUGAAAACCGCCACAAAUAUCUACAUCUUCAACCUGGCCUUGGCUGAUGCACUAGCCACCAGUACACUGCCCUUCCAGAGUGUCAACUUCCUGAUGGGGACUUGGCCGUUUGGAGACAUUCUGUGCAAGAUAGUGAUGUCCAUCGACUACUACAACAUGUUCACCAGUAUCUUCACAUUGACCACCAUGAGUAUUGACCGUUACAUUGCAGUGUGCCACCCCGUCAAGGCCUUAGACUUCCGCACGCCCCGUAACGCAAAGAUUGUCAACGUGUGCAACUGGAUCCUGUCCUCUGCCAUCGGUCUGCCUGUCAUGUUCACCGCCUUAACUACUGUAACUGAUAAUGGCAAGUAUGACAGAUUCAUCGACUGCACUUUGAUCUUCCCACACCCAUCCUGGUACUGGGAGAAUCUCCUGAAAAUCUGCGUCUUCAUCUUUGCCUUCAUCAUCCCGGUCCUCAUAAUUACCAUAUGCUACGGGCUAAUGAUCUUGCGCCUGAAGAGCGUGCGCAUGUUGUCCGGCUCCAAGGAGAAGGACCGCAACCUGCGGCGCAUCACCCGCAUGGUCCUGGUGGUGGUGGCCGUCUUCAUCAUCUGCUGGACGCCCAUCCACAUCUACGUCAUCAUCAAAGCCCUAAUCAACAUCCCCAACUCCCUGCUGCAGUCCGUCACCUGGCACUUCUGCAUCGCUCUGGGCUACACCAACAGCUGCCUGAAUCCCGUCCUCUACGCCUUCCUGGACGAGAACUUCAAGCGCUGCUUCCGCGAGUUCUGUAUCCCCCUGAGUCCCUCUGUGCUGGAGCUGCAGAAUUCUUCUCGUACCCGCCCCCACCAGCAGCACCAGCGCGAUCAGCACUCCAGCGCCAACAGGGUGGAGAGGUCCAAUCAACAGGUAUGACUAGGUAUGGAGAUGUUGUCUUUGGACUCACGCUACCAGCCUAACGAUGACAUGAGCUCGGAAGUCACCCAGGUAACCACAGUGCUCUGACACAAAGCUCUGACACAUGAUGCGCCAAGAUACUGAAGUGCUUCGUAGCACAAGCAUUGAUCGUACUGUCGCCUCUUUCUGGAGAGGCUGACGAGUAUUUGAAUGCAGAAUGACACUCCGCAUAAAGCUUUCUGUCAGGUAGCAUUAUUAAAAUGUUGAAUAUUAGGCAGAACACUGAAAUGAAGACACAUCAACUAUUAUGUACACAGUAUCUUUGUAGACUGGUAUAUUGAACAUACUGUAAUAGGAUAAUGUUCUGUGGUCAACAUCAUUCACAAUUAGAAACUGUUGAUUGAGAGCACUUAUGUCAAGACACUAAUUCAAGAAGAUUGUUAUUUAAGGGUCAAGCGGCGAUUCAAAAAAACAAGGUGUCCACCCCACCACUUGUUUUGGUAAACAGCUGAGAGAUGGGACUGGAGGAAUGUAACCACUGUCAAAUAGACAGAGAUAGACAGAGCUAUGGAUGCAAGAACUGACCAUCCAUGAGAUCAAAAUGAUCUGUUUGUUUGUUUACAAUUACAUUAUUGUUUGCUUCCAGAGUCAAUGGCUUUAUAUUAUUAAUCUUAAAGUCAGAAAAUGGAUGUAGCCUAUCAAUCUGCUUUACAUCUACUGUAUGUAUAGCAGCUUUUAUAUACUGUAUGUUCUGUACUAAAUUGUUAUUUAUUAUAUGUGUAUAUGAUGUGCAAGUGGUUUGGGAACUGUCAAAUUAAUCAUUUAUAUUUUAUUUCCGUGUCAAAUCGGCAGUUGGCAACCCAUCCCUUACUGGAUUUACUGACGCAUAAACAAACAUUACAAUGAUUCACAGUGAUUAUUCAGUGAUAAUUCUUCCAGUGUUCUGUGCAGUGUGCACUGCAUACAGAAUGAAAAAUGAAUAAUAGUAAAUAAGGUUAUUCAAGCAAUAAUAAUAACAACCCUAGAGCUGUAAAAAAUAAUACAAAUUAAUUACAAAAGAAAUACAGCAAAUGGCAUUUAAACCCAGUCUGGCACAAAGAGAAGAUUUAAAUCAAAUCUAAUUUUAUUUGUCACAUGCACCAAAUUCAACAGGUGUUCACCUUACUGUGAAAUGCUUACUUACAAGCCCUUCUAUUGUGAGUGAUAUACACAAUCUAUAUACAUAUGUAGACUUUGAAUUUCAUUCUGUCACCCUUUUUCUUUUAUUCCAAGCAUUAUAAAACAAAAUCUGCAAACAGAAAUACACAACAGACAAAAAACUAUUUCAGUUUCUCUUCAUCGCUCAGCCACAUAAUGCCAGGGUAGAUCUGGUGGAAUUUCUGAAAGCGUAUAUCGUGGUAGAAAGGACAAUAGAGGAUAAAAUGAAUUGAGUUCUCUCUUCGAGGUCACAUAGUGUUUCCGCUUCCAUUUCACCACAAACCGACCUGUUUCAAUACACAGAGACAAUAUCCCUGAUCUUACCUGUUUCAAUACGCAGAGACAAUAUCCCUGAUCUUACCUGUUUCAAUACUCAGAGGCAAUAUCUCUGAUCUUACCUGUUUCGAUACACAGAGGCAAUUUCCCUGAUCUUACCUGUUUCAAUACGCAGAGGCAAUAUCUCUGAUCUGACCUAUUUCAAUACACAGAGGCAAUUUCCCUGAUCUAACCUGUUUCAAUACACAGGCAAUUUCCCUGAUCUUGCCUGUUUCAAUACACCAAAGCAAUUUCCCUGAUCUUACCUGUUUCAAUACACAGAAGGAAUUUCCCUGAUCUUACUUGUUUCAAUACGCAGAGGCAAUAUCCCUGAUCUUACAUGUGCACAUAGCGAUCACUUGCUUUUUUGUAGGUUGUACAUAAUAUAUAUAUCUCACACACAAAGUCAGCCUUAAUCAAACAAAAGGUUCUCAAUUUGGGUUUAUGAUUAAUCUCCACCCAUUUGUUUUAAUAUUGCAUUGUCAGUUGUUUUUUAAUCGCAUCUAUGUCUCCUUUAAUUUGGUUUUCGUUCAAAUGUUCACAGACAGGGCACAAUGGUGUCAAGUCAAGUUACCAAUCGUUUUUCCACCAUUCAUUUUUCCCAUAGUGGAUUUAGAAAAACUUAAAAUAAGAGCUGUGUUUCAUGUAGGCUCACCCUGGCAUGAUGUUUUGAUAACCAUGUAAAUCUCUAGGACAAGGAUACUUUUAUC